CUACAAGAAGAGAAUGCCAGUUUGAGAAGCAAGAUCAAUAAGCUUCAGAUUUUCUCUGAAGCUCAAGCAGCCAAGGUGAGGAAGCUGGAGCAAAAGCUUGAGGAAAGCAAAAUUAAAGAAGAAAAAGAAGCUCUGGAUUUGGAAGCAAUGGUGCAGCACGUGGAGCAGAACCUCCAGCUGAUGACUAAACGGGCUGUGAAAGCAGAAAGCAGCACAGCAAAGCUGAAACAGGAGAAUGCACUGCUGCAGGUCCAGCUGAAGAAUUACAAGGAGGAGAACGAGGUGCUGAGGUCGAGCCAGUCGAGCCUGGCUGCUGUGAGACAGAAUGCAGACCUGGCCCUGCAGAACCUCCUCUCUGUCAUCACCAGCUCCAGGGCCUCCAUCAGGCAGCUGGUCUCGGGAGCAGAGUCCCUGCAGCUCGUCGCCGAGCUCCUCAGAUCCAUAGACAGAGUUGCCGAAAUGCCGGACGACGGGCAGUGA